GCGACUUGGAAUAUCGAUCGUGGACCAGUGGGAUGCUGGCCGCCCAACGUUUCGCCGAUCACGCGCUACUAUUCAGUACACUAAGUGUUUUGUUAUCCUGCCUUCUUGGCUUUUUUUAUACCUCUUGUUUGUAAAAUUACUAUCUUGGUACCAAAGGGUGAGAGCCGUCUGCAGAGAGUACUCGCGAGUGUUCUACCUUUGCACGCAUUUGUAAACAGUGCCGAAAAUGCGGACAACGGUGCUCACAGUUUUACUCAAUAUCUUCGGUAUCGCUUACGGAAACGUUUUCGAAGCGAAUCCUGAUACGAAGAGACUCUACGACGAUUUAUUGUCCAAUUAUAACAGAUUGAUACGUCCUGUUGUUAAUAAUACAGAAACAUUAACGGUUUGGUUGGGAUUAAAGUUAUCACAAUUAAUAGAAAUGAAUCUAAAGAACCAAGUGAUGACAACCAACGUCUGGGUAGAGCAGAAAUGGUUUGAUUAUAAAUUACAGUGGGAUCCACAAGAGUAUGGUGGUAUAGAUAUGUUAUAUGUGCCUUCCGAGAACAUAUGGCUUCCGGAUAUCGUUCUAUACAACAACGCAGAUGGAAAUUAUGAAGUAACAUUAAUGACAAAGGCUACUUUGAAAUACACUGGUGAGGUAUUCUGGAAACCACCAGCUAUUUAUAAAUCGUCUUGUGAGAUCAAUGUGGAAUAUUUUCCGUUUGAUGAGCAAUCAUGUAUUAUGAAAUUUGGCUCAUGGACUUACAAUGGCGCUCAGGUAGAUCUGAAGCAUAUGAAGCAGGAGUCUGGUAGCAAUCUUGUUGCGAUCGGUAUAGAUCUCACCGACUUUUAUCUAUCAGUGGAAUGGGAUAUCCUAGAAGUUCCAGCAACACGCAACGAAGAAUAUUAUCCAUGCUGUACGGAACCUUAUUCUGAUAUCACAUUCAAUAUUACGAUGAGAAGAAAAACACUAUUUUAUACUGUCAAUCUUAUUAUACCCUGCGUCGGUAUCACAUUUUUAACGGUGCUGGUUUUUUAUCUGCCCAGCGAUUCCGGCGAAAAAGUAUCAUUAUGCUCUUCCAUUCUUCUCUCAUUGACGGUGUUCUUCUUACUCUUAGCAGAGAUUAUUCCGCCAACAUCGUUAGCUAUACCUUUGCUCGGGAAAUAUCUAUUGUUCACCAUGAUUUUAGUUACUUUGUCCAUUUGGAUCACUGUCUGUGUCUUAAAUGUACACUUUCGAUCUCCUUCUACGCAUAAUAUGUCCCCAUGGGUAAGACAAGUAUUUCUAAAUUGGAUGCCGAGAAUAUUGAUGAUGCGUCGAACACCAUAUUCUACACCAGAAUACGAUGACACUUACAUAGAUAACGCAUACACUAAUGAAAUAGAUUAUAGUGUAAGUGACUAUCCUUUGGAACUAAAAGGAAGCCCAGAUGCAUUCGAAAGUGUUACUUCAACAUACAAAAGUAUUAGAGAUGAUGAUGCACGACAUAUACCGCAUGCAUCAGUUACUGACAGCGAAAAUACAAUACCAAAACAUUUAUCUCCAGAUGUCAUAGCAGCUCUCAAAGGUGUGCGUUUUAUUGCUCAACAUAUAAAGGACGCAGAUAAAGAUAACGAGGUCAUAGAAGAUUGGAAAUUUGUAGCUAUGGUUUUGGACAGAUUCUUUCUUUGGAUUUUUACGAUUGCGUGUAUCGGUGGCACACUAGGUAUAAUAGGUCAAGCACCUAGUUUGUACGAUACGCGCGUACCUGUGGACCAACAACUGUCUAGUAUAUCAUUGCGCAAGCAUAUGUAUCUACCGAACACAACUUUUGAUGACUAAGUAUCAUAGCAUGUAUAAAGUGAUUCGUGUGUAAAGAGUAAUCACAUGUUAUGUCGUGCGUAUUCCAUUAAGACACGUUUCACACCUUCUUUCUACCCGCAAAAAGUUAUCUAUAC